AUGGAGAACUACUUCAGAGCCUCCGGUCCAGGAACUGUGACCAUCGAGAUUGGAUCUCCCGAGAAUCAGUUCAAUGUUCCUGUGGCCCUUCUUAUGGAAAAGUCUCAAUUUUUCCGAGGCAUGUUCGGGAGCAAUUUCCCUGAAGCUGAAAGUGGCACUGCCAAGUUGGAACUUAUUCCAGGCGUCGUCACUCCAACCAACUUUGUCAUGUUCUUGCGCUGGAUCUUCACCGAACGAAUUGAAUAUGAUGGCCAGCCUGAUGGAUCCGACAUCCCCAUCACUGAGCGCAUGACAAUUCUGAUUUCCCUGGCCCGUUUUGCGGACAUGAUCACUUGUCCUCAAUUCAGUCGCGUGAUUGCCAAUAAUGUUCGCGUCAUUUUGAGAAACCAUGCUGUCCCGUGCAUUGCCCGAGCCGCCGCGUCGGUAGGCCUGGAGAAUAAUCAGACCUCCAAUGAAUCUAACGGCAAUGAUGACACUGAGACCCAAGAUACUGAUGACAACACCGAUGAUGCUCACGAUAGCGAUGACGCUCACGAUAACGAUGACGCUCACGAUAACGAUGCUGCUCACGAUAGCAAUGCUGCUCACGAUAACAAUGCUGCUCACGAUAACGAUGCUGCUCAUGAUAACGAUGCUGCUCACGAUGGCGAUGAUGUCCACCAGGCCGGCGACGACGGCAAUGCCUCUGUUAGCCGUGAUAUGAACGACGACCAUGCCUUGGAUGACCUCGAUCCUGGUUAUGUCGCUCGAUUUAACACCUUUCAAGAAGAGAUCAACACAAAGCAUUUGAUCUCGGCGCACGUUGUCCAAGCCAUGUGGCUCCCCAGCAGUGACCCUAUUCGGCGUCUGAUUAUCGACGCGUGCCUGAAGGGGUAUCUCACCCACCGUCCCUUCCGCUUCGAGUACAUGAUCGAAUGGCACGCUGGAUUUGCCAAGGACAUAUCCGCGAGAGUGUCCGAGGUCGUGGACGAGACAAUGUGCUACUAUGAUGGCGCGGUGUGGUUCACCGACCCAAUCACCGAACGGCGCUGCCUAUGUACCCGGCACGGGGCAGCCGGUGGGGUCGCGCCCAGCCCUUUGAUAGGCACCAGCCCCGGGCCACAUUCAGCCUCAGGUGAAGGGGCAAGUUCAUUUUUUUCUGGACCCUCAUGA